AUGAGCGUGAGUGGAUGCAGACGUGGAUCGAAGGGACCGUCACCCACAGCUGCUGAGAAUUCGGAGUCGACUGCGCAGCGACAGCGGGACUGUGACUGCCCGUCCGAGGUCGAUGCCGUGACCGCGCAGCGACCUGAAAGCUCCAUGAGCGAGCAGACCGCGUUCGUCACGCCAGCCCCCGUCCACCGACCAUCGUGCGCAGACGGGCUGCUGCAGGGUGCAGACUCCGACGCGCACUUAGCCCGAACUGACGAAAGGACCGUCAUUCCCAGCGUCUCCUCAUCUUCUACGUCGCCGAUGCAACCGAUUCGCUUGCUGAGUCCCCAGUUUGCCAACAGCGAGGAGUCAGCGCCGCAGAAUCCCGAGAAAGCCGGAGUCCCCAGUGGUGUGGGCCCGAGCUCUGGCAUUCGAGGUUCCGAGCCACGACGCGUGCCCUCGUUGUCUCCAACUGCAGCAGCGGCCAUUGCGGCAGCCGCGUCGUACGCGCCCUUUGUCGGUGUCAACUACGAUGCCGUUGCCGUGCCGCGCACCGACGGAGGCGAGGCUGCGAUGGGCCCAGAAGCCGCUGCCGCUGCUGAUGCUUACGCUGUAGGGGCAGACUCCCAGCUACCUGACACCGGCGGUGGCGCGGGCCGGCCGUAUCGGCCCCGCAGUCUCUCGGACGGUGCAGCGCUCAAGCGGCUCUUUGACCUGCUGGCGCAGCUGGACUGCUUCUGGCUGGCGCACGAUUUGUUUUCCGGCGACACGCAGCGCGUGCAGAGCAGCAUUCGCGUGCUGGCCACCAUGGUGCUGCUCCUGCUCGUGCUUUGGCUGGCCGCUGUCCCAAACUCGGCCGAAAAGUCGUGGCGCGCCAGCAGCGUGGGCCUGCUGCUGAUAGCGUCGCUGACGAUGGACCUGGUGGCGGCACCGAUGGCUUCACUGCUGCCAUUCCUGUGCAUGCCACUUUUGGAGCUGGCCGACGCGCGAGCCGCUGCACUGCCCUACUCCACGGUUCGCCAGAUGAGUUUCCUGUGCGCCAUGCUGCUCGUGCUGACCAUGGAAGAGUGUGGCCUCUCGACUCGCCUGGCGCUGCUCAUACUUAGUCACACGGGACACAAGAUCAACAGCAUCCUGGCACUCGUAAUAGCCGUGGCCGUGACAAUGACGUGCCUGCUGGAUGCCUUCUGCGUCACCGUACUCAUGAUGUCUACCGUAGAGUGCAUCGUGGACGAGAUCUACUUCCACGUUGUUCAAGCCAACGUGCCCGCCGGAAUGUCCGACCCAGGACAACGGCCUUGCCACGGAAGUGGAGCAAGCCCCGGCUCGGUGCCGCAACCCCAGUCAAUGGAGUCGACCGAGCACCUGUCGUACUUCGCCUACCGCCGCUACAUCUUCAGCGAGUGCACCACCUACAUCCGGGACGAACGGAACACGCUGUUCAAGGCUAUGAUGGCGGCUGUCGUGUACGGCUCCAACAUAGGCAGUGGCGGCACCUCUCGCGGAUCCCAGCAGAGCUACUACCUGCUCCAUUUCCUGCGCCAGACGUACACGGGAGGGACGACGCUCAACUACGUCACCUGGACAGCGUACUCGGCUCCGUCUGUGGUCGCUUCGGCCGUGUUCCUGUGGUGGCAUCUCUGCAGGCGAUUUGUGCCCAGAGCGUUGCAGGGUGCGGCACAGCACCAGAACGACACAGACGUCUGCCAAGAAAAGUACGCCACAAUCAGGAAACUGGGGUACAUCUCUUACGAGGCCGUGGCCAUAAUUAUGAUGGUGGCUUACGUCAACUGCUCCCUUGUCGACCAGGACUGGAUUAACAUCAACGACAGCACCAGCGCGGUUCGCUCGCAGACGGUGAUGGUGGGCCUGACGUCACUUGCGUUCAUGGCUCCUGCGCGACGUCCCCGUGGCUCUGUGGCUGCAGGUAUCGUCUCGACCGAUGUGAUCCAGACUCGCGUGCCCUGGGGCGUAAUCCUGCUCGCCGGAGCCGGAUGCGCCAUGACGCUCUGUUUCCAGCUGGGUGAGGUGAACGCGUUGCGCCUGGAACUAGUGUCAGCGGCGGCGGACAUACACCCCGGCCUGGCCGUGGCGCUACUGUUCACUAUCCAGUGCUUCCUGGUCGAGAUGAAGAGCAGCCAUGACAGCGUGCUCCACCUCAUGGCCCCCAUGGUGUCUAUGGCCAGCGAGCGACACUGGAACCCUCUGCUGCUUCUGCUGCCGGUGACCAAGGGGGCCUCGAUGGUGUUCCUGCUCCCAGUGUCUUGCUACGGAAACGCGCUGCUCUUCGACUACGCGCGUAUGUCUUGCUGGGAGAUGCUGGGUGAGGUGAACGCGUUGCGCCUGGAACUAGUGUCAGCGGCGGCGGACAUACACCCCGGCCUGGCCGUGGCGCUACUGUUCACUAUCCAGUGCUUCCUGGUCGAGAUGAAGAGCAGCCAUGACAGCGUGCUCCACCUCAUGGCCCCCAUGGUGUCUAUGGCCAGCGAGCGCCACUGGAACCCUCUGCUGCUUCUGCUGCCGGUGACCAAGGGGGCCUCGAUGGUGUUCCUGCUGCCAGUGUCUUGCUACGGAAACGCGCUGCUCUUCGACUACGCGCGUAUGUCUUGCUGGGAGAUGAUUAAAAUCGGCUUUCCAGUCAAGAUUGUGACUAUCAUACUCGAGCUGCUAUCACUGCUGACCGUCGGCAACGCCAUGUUCGACCUGGGCCAUUUUCCCGCUUGGGCGACGAGGUUAUCCCCGAUGACGACAAUGGUGUCGGCGUUCAAUGCCUCAACACUCGACAUCCUCAACAUCACUAGUGUCGUCUGA